AUGAAAUUAAUCAAGUGUGCAUUAAUAUUUUUGUGUGUAUUAUUUCACUUGCAAGUGUCAGAAUUAGAAGACAAAAGUGUAAAUCGAUCUGAUUAUAUAUUACGUGGAAAUGACGCAUCGAUUGAAAAAUAUCCAUUCAUGGUUUCACUCCAAAAACGGCGUCAACAUUUUUGCGGUGGAACGAUCGCCAGCGUGCAUUGGAUUUUGACGUCGGCAAAUUGCCUAAAACGUGUGACUUUCCUUACAACUUGCUCGUUGAAAAUAAUAGCAGGAUCUAGUCAUAGCGUCGAAUCCUAUUUUGAUCGUCCUACCAAACAGAAGCGAAAAGCAUCUAAGUGUUACAUUCACGAAGGAUAUGAUUCGAGGAAGAAAUUUAACGAUAUCGGCAUGAUUUUGCUGGACGAGCCUUUUGAAUUGUCAAAUUCGGUGCAAGUUGUAAAACUGCCAAGAGACAUCUACGUGAAGCAGGAUUUAUCAUCGAAGUUUAGAGAAUGCACGUUUAUCGGCUGGGGUCAGAAUACUAUGAAUGAAAGCCUGCCUUUUAUAUUAAAUAAUCUUCGAUCAGUUACUUUACGCCCGAUGUCGCAUUCUUAUUGCAAGAAAGCCAGGCUAACUAAAAUGACAUCUAAUAUUCGCAAAACUCAUCUAUGUACGUUACCAAAAUAUAUGGAAAUAGGUGUUAGCAAAGGUGAUAAUGGAGGUCCGAUGAUUUGUCAAGUUCAGCUCGUGCCGCGCACGGUUCGGUCUCCAGGCAUCGCGAUCACCGAAACUUGGCGAACUUGGCGGCAGGUUCGCGUCGCCGAUGUCCCUCGCCAGGAGAGUCGCACACGCACACAUCGACGGUCCCCACUUGACUCGAAAACUUUUGUGAACGACUAUUGUGAAUGCUACAACAAACUGAUUAGAUGGAGAGCUGGGGGAAAAAUGAAAUAUGAGGGACAUAGUGAGAGACAAAAAUAA